GCAUUUUUUUGUCCCCCAAAAUCGAUGUUGGUCAGUUCGUGCUUCCAGUCAGCCGGGGCAGGUUCUCGUGAUUGGUUCGGAGGAUAAUGCUUGGUUUCCGAGGUCCGUCAAUCAAAUGCAAUCCAACCGGCGGGAAGAACACUAAACAGGGAUGAUGCUCGAUGGAUUGGGCUUGGGGGAGGCAAGAGGCGAGUGAGGAGGGCGGAAUAAGAGGGGAGACGAGAGGAGAAAAGAGGAGACGGCGAGAGGGGGAGAAGAGAAAAAGGGAAGGGAAAAGGAAAGGAAAAGGAUCACGGGAGACAGCGAUCGACGCAGGCACCGCCAGUUGCACGUUUUUUCUCUGGUCUUUUUGGCUAAGCGGCGCGCAGACGAACAAGCAGACGUAUGUAGAGCAGCAGAGGGACGAUCGGCCCACUCUCCAUGGCGAUCUGAACCGUCGUCGAUGACGCGUUAGUUUCGGAAUGGGCACGAAAUGGACACGGCGGCUAAACGUCAAGCUGAAACGCGGCCCCCAGUUCCCAGUGGUUGGGCCGUGUCAUUCUGAUGCUGUUUAG